AUGUCUGCUCAGGUCGCCGGAUACACCGUCUCAAAGACCACUCCUUUAAAUCUUAGUGUGGAUGAGGCCAUCAUCAACUCAAAAAAGUCAAGCUCCUUCUUAACACACAUGAUUGUUAUGAUGGACCCACAGCAAAUCAAAGCGAACGAGAUUGCAAAGGAUGCCUACGAAGAGUGCCUGCAGCUGAAAGAAUAUCUCUCAGAACAACUGUGGUCUGAGGUGGAGACAGACGGCAUCUCCAAAGUACAGGCAGCUCUUGAUGAACUUACACAAGCUUUGAGCAAAUAUGAAAUGACAAACGACAUGAUCGAAGGCGAAUGGGAAUUUGUUGAAUCAUCUACUUGCUGUGUCCCUUCCUAUUAA